CACAAGUAGAAAUCACUUGUUUAAUUAUCACUGCAUUUAAAUUUAACCAAUGAAAUAAGCGCUGAUCAUGGAAGGCAGCGUGAAAAAUAAUCUACAAGUUUAAUUCACGAGUUUUGUUUGAGGAUGUAAAAAUAUUUCGAUAGUUUAUCAAAAUAAUAGUAACAUUGAAAAUAAAUAAAACCUAAAACUAAAAAAUUACACCCACGACCACCGCACGGCUAAUUAAUCAGCUAGAGCCCACGAUAGUGUUUUCGGUUGCCAGGCAACCAGCUGCUUCGUCAUUUCCUGUGAGCAGAAGGUCUGGAGCGAGAAGCUGCGGUAGCGGCUGUCUGUCGAUGGGAGCCGCGCGAGGAAGGAGCGUUUCAGAUCUUGGACGAAAUUCGGGCGAGUUCCGCGGAAGGGAAGCCCACCCCGAACGCCAGUCUACUUUUCACUUAUUUAACCGGCACUUGUCACUCGUGUUGAGUUACUCUGGCGGGUAAUUUCUUGGCUUAAUAUUUUUGAAGGGGGAGGGAGAAGACGAGUGCACUUCUGACAGUGCUCUCCUUAGCGACGUCCAUCCAGCCGCGACAGCCAAAAGGCGGACUGGAAAGAGCGCAACUCUCACAGUCGCCCAGUAUUAAAGUCCGUAGGGUGAGACGACCGCAGGGAAAAAAAACGCUUCAACUCUUUUGCGAACUUACUUUUUGGGCAAGUUAUUUCUUUCGUUUAUUUUUUAACCUUUCAGUACUAGCGGGACGCAGCGGAGGGACAGAGAGCGGGGCACGAAGCGGCGCUUUUCCGCCGAAGUGCGGGAGCUGCUGCCCAUUUGCACGUCCGGCUUCUUUACAGUCCUUCCUCGGCUCGACUUGGUUAGUUUGCGUUUCCUUCGCUUUCUCCAACUUUUGGAGUCGUAUUUUUACGUUUUCGUCAAAUCUUACAUGCCGUUUUAGAACAAAAACUUUGAAAAACUUAUUCCUGUCCCGCGCCGGUCGUUAUUUUUCUUUUCAUUUCUGUGUUUUUUUCCCAGCCAGACUUGAGCGAUUAUUUUCGCCGAGAUAAGGAUUAUUCGGCUCGCUUCCGGACGGCCAGUGGCUAAACCUACCCCCAUGGCUAUUUUCCGAGCGAGCUACUCGCAGCGCUGGCCAUGCGGCGCCGAGAUGUGAAGCGGCGCCGGCCGCCGAUGCGAGCACUGCCCCCCUUGUUCCGUCGCGGCCCCGUUUUCUCGGCAGGGCUCCGAGGAUGAGCUCGGACGUGGAGCGCACAUCGCUCAGCUCCAUGGGCUCCGGCGGUCGCUCGCUGUCGGCCAACGUGCGCAAGCUGCACAACGCGCUCAACCUGCUGCUGAGCGACUUCGAGAGGGAGCAGUUCAUCCACUGCCUGAACGUGUACCACUCCAAGCGCAACGUCUUCGACCUGGUGCAGACCCUCAAAGUCAUCCUGAACGCACCCAGCAAGCGCCAGCUGCUGCCCAUGCUGCGCCUGGUCAUCCCGCGCUCGGACCAGCUUCUCUUUGACCAGUACACCUCGGAAGGGCUCUAUCUGAGAUCGGAGGUGCUCAGCGGCGCUGGCGCCCCCGACACCUGCGGGGAUGUCCUGGCCGCCAACGGCGCGCCGGCUAUAGCGACUCAGUCCCGGCCGUCGGCGCAUAGCGCGCCGAGCGGCUCCCCGGAUAGUUUCAGCACCGGCAGCGAGGGGACAGCUCCAGCGCCUCCACGGGAUCCCCCCGGCGAGGUGCGCCAGGUCAGUCUGAAGCGCAACAAGAGCAACGAGGGCUUGGGCUUCAGCAUCCGCGGUGGCUCGGAGCACGGCGUGGGUAUCUACGUGUCUCUGGUGGAGCCGGGAUCGCUGGCCGAGAAGGAGGGACUGCUGGUCGGCGAUCAGAUACUGAAAGUUAACGACAAGGUGUUCAGCAGGGUCACCCACGCCGAGGCCGUGAAGGUCCUGAAAGGCAGCAAGAAGCUCUCACUGUCUGUGCGUUCGGUGGGCCGCAUCCCGGGGGGCUACGUUACCAACCACGUCUACACGUGGGUGGACCCGCAGGGCCGCAGCGUGUCCCCGCCCCCAGACCUGCCCGAGCACCGGAGCUCCGCCUCCGGCUCUGGCUCAGCUGGCCGCUGCGUAGACAGCCUGCGCCGCAGCCAUCUGCCGCUGCUGCAGGACGGCGAUGAGAAGAAGGUGAACUUGGUUAUGGACAACGGUCGAUCCCUCGGCCUGAUGAUCCGCGGGGGAUCCGAGUAUAACCUAGGGAUCUACAUCACUGGCGUGGACCGUGGCUCUGCAGCGGAGCUGGGGGGCCUCAAGGUGGGCGACCAGAUCCUGGAGGUGAACGGCCGUAGUUUCCUGAGCGUCCCACACGACGACGCCGUCCGUAUCCUCAAGUCCUCGCGCCACCUGAUGAUGACGGUGAAAGACGUGGGCCGGCUGCCGCACGCCCGCACCGUGGUGGGCGAGACCAAGUGGAUAGCGAGCUCGCAGGUCGCCAAGGGCUCUGCCACCAGCAGCGUCACCGGCCUUUCUGUGGACCAAGGUGCCUCCGCGUCAGAAAAGCCGAGUUUCUACAAGGGUGUGGCCGGCUCGCAGGUGACCUUGAGCAGCCUGGUGAACCAGUCGCGGGCCAUGCUGGAGGAGCAGGCGCGCCACCUGCUGACGCCGCCCGAGCGCCAGACCAUGGCCUACUACCUGGAGGAGUACCGGGACAACCACGUGGGCGUGGAGCAGCUGGUCAUGGCGCUGUUCGAGCUCUUCAACACGCACGCCAAGUUCUCUCUGCUGUCCGAGGUGCGGGGUCUCGUGUCCCCCCAGGACCUGGAGCGCUUUGACGGGUUGGUGCUGCGCCGCGAGAUCCAGGCCCUGAAGGCCCGGCAGGCGUCUUCGACGGGGGCGGCGGCCCUGAACCCUGACUCCUCCUCCAUGGUGUCCUACCCUGACACACUGACCUCCUCGGCCAGCUAUCUGACAUCCACCACGCUCAGCUCGGCACGGGAGCGACUGCUGUGGUUGAUAGAUAUGAUGGAGAAUGACAGCACCACGGACAGCAAUGCUGAAGAGCCGCAGGAGAGCAUGAGGGACCUACCUGAUGUGUCUUUGGAUGACGUGCAGUCCACGGCAGACUCUCCCCCAUCUUUCAAACCCCCACCCCCCCUGGGGGUUUACAGACGAAACAGCCGGCGGGAUCGGACCAAGAGGUCCUCCUCUGACUCUGACUCGGGGCUAUGCUUCACUGCACCCCCCUGCCUCCCCAUGGUCUCUGACUCCCCCAUGAAGGAGACGGUGGCCUCACAGCUGAGCCUGGUCACCCAGCAUCCCAUCGGACCCUUCCCCCGUGUCCAAUCCCCGAACCGGGCCAACCCACCCCCUGUGCCGCAGCCUGUCCUUUCCCCACCCCCCGCAUCCCUAUUGGCCACGGCCUCCAGCCCGGACAAGCCGCCGCCCCCUUCGUCACCUGGCUCCAAACAGCAGUUUGUCAUGGUGGAAGUGCACAGGCCAAACGCAGAGCCUGAUGUUAAUGAGGUUCGACCGCUGCCCCAGGCCAGAGGCGGGACACUAUCCCAGCUGUCAGACAGCGGGCAGGCUCUGAGCGAGGACAGCGGCAUCGACAUCGCUGAGUCGGGGACACUCAGCGAGGAUGGCAGCCCCCGGACGGGCAGGACCCGCCCCCAGCGGGAGGCGCAGGGUGUGGAUACUGCGUCCAAACCGCCCGGCCUCUUGGAGCCCACGUCCUGCCUCGUCCGCGUGCCUAAGAGCGCCAGCACCCUAGGCAUUGCCAUUGAGGGUGGGGCCAACACCCGCCAGCCAUUGCCGCGAAUCGUCACCAUUCAGAGAGGUGGCUCAGCGCACAACUGCGGCCAGCUGAAGGUGGGCCAGGUGAUCCUGGAGGUAAACGGCGUGUCGUUAAGGGGCCGGGAACACCGGGAGGCUGCACGCCUCAUCGCCGAAGCCUUCAAGACCAAAGAGAAAGACUACAUCGAUUUCCUGGUCACAGAGUUCAAUGUUUCACUGUAGGACAGCUGUCCCUCUCCAGAAACACUCCUAACAGACCAGUGCUUGGGCUCAGGGGAGCCGGCAGUGGUAGAGAACACGUUAGAACAUGUUUGGAACAUGUUUUGGGCCACCUCCAACUAAUCCUGCGCCCUGUGUUUAGUCUUGACUUUGUCCAAAAGCUGAGAUCCUAUGGACAUUCACCUCUCCACCAGUGCUCCCAAUGGCAUUCCCACAGCUCCCAGUUAUGGGACAAAGUGUGGGCCUGUGGUAAACUUGUACCCAGGGUGACAUCCAAACUUUGCCUUCUGGAUGGGCAUCCAGUCACCAAAGGACACUCGAAGAAUCUGAAUGUUCUGUCACAGUGUAUGUACUCAUGGGGAAAAGUCAUGGAGACAGGCGAUGUGGUGUUGGAGUGUGGAAAUGGGUACGGCACAUCACUCUACCCAGAUCUCUUCUGGUCUUCGCUAUGACGUUGCAGCCAAACAGAGCUGGUUAUGCAACCUCAGGAAGAGUAACCUACUAGUGCAGCGACACCUCCCACAGCAAACACCAUUUCCUGUACCUGCAACUGUUCUUUUAAUGAGCACCUGUCGGUAAAUGUGCAAGCGAAUGGAUGUAGAUGUGUAAGGAGGGGAGGGGAAUGUCACUGCUAACACAAUUAGAUUUAAUGAAAUGAUAAUCUUUCAGAAGGUGGUUCAAAUAAAGUGCUAGGCCUUUGGCGGUCUGUUCUGUACAAAUACUCUUUAAAAUAAUUAAUUUGUAUUAUUUCCAUUGUGAGCCCGCUGUAUUGGUCUUGUCCCUAAAAAGAUGCCGUCAACUAAAUCAAACCGCAAUUACAUUGAGAGACUGUAAUUAGCCAGGGAUGGAGAUCUGAGCCCUCAACAGAGCCCAUCACAAACAAACCGGGCGGACGGCUGGCAUUGGGAAUUAUUCGUAGACUUAUGUAGGGUGAGUGAGAAAAUGAAUGUUAUACUCAUGUGAGGCAAACCAGGAACAUAGACAGAGGAACUGAUGAAGAACUUUGUGAAGAUGAUGGUGAGUUCAAUUGAAGGUGGUGCUUAUGGAUGCUGAAGUGGUCAGGCUGUUGGAGAUGGGGGUGCACAGUACUGUGAUCGGUUUCAGUAAAUUUUGACAGAGGAGAUCCCUGGGCCAGACAUAUCCGUGGGUGAAUUCCCGCUGCCGUUGGGCAGGGAGGGGUUCCUCACAUCCCGAAGGUUGGCAUAGUGGAGGCUUUAAUGUUUUGGCCCCUUGGUUGUCAGGGGGCAGAGGAGAGAUGGAAGGAGGCAGGGAGUGAAGAAGUUUUCUUUAGUUAUCAAAUUUGGAACAGUUAGUGUUUGGGAGAGACUUUUUUGGGCUUAUGUUUGCACGGGUGAAAGCUGGAACAGGGGGGAAAUCUCUAACAAAUUCUAUUUUGAAUAGGUAGUAAUGAACAGAUGAGAGGUGCGUUGUGGGAACUGCAGUAUUUUUCUAAAAUGACAGACUGCUGAGCAAAAAUGUUGUUUGUCUGCCUGGUGCAUGUCUCUCAAAAUUUUAAAUAUAUAUAAAUACAUUAUAUAUCUAUAUAUUUUAUACUGAAUUAUCACUGAAGUUCCUGUAUAAAAACAUAUAUCUGUGAAUAUUGUGAAGUCACACUCAAUAUCUUCGACUCUUUUCAAUGAUUUAAUUGUAGCUAUCCCCAUUUCUGCUUUACUUUAUUUGAUGUAACAUUUUUUUUAAUGCUUGAUUUCAGUUGGACAUGUUUGUCACUCAGCAUAUGAUAUUUUCCGAAGCCUUGUAGUGCUAUGGUACCGUACCAUUGUGACGACUGCAGAAAUGACACACGCCUGUAGCCCUUAUACUGGACCUGCCAUAUCUUUGGUCAUCUUAAGUCAUCCUUUUAAACCAUCUGGAACUUUUGAUGUAUUUAUUUUAAUACAGACGGGGACUUGCAAUUAAAAUGGUGGUAAUUUCCCAAAAUAAUAAAAAAAAAAAUCAUAA